CUAUAGGUUUAGGCUACUACAUGAUACUCUAAUUUUCCCUAUACCCAUCAUGAGGUUGCUACAACCUAGCCUACGAAUGAAGUUUAUAAUGUAGGUGAAAAGGAUACACCAUGGUGCUACCCCAGAGUGUGUUGUUGAGGCUACUGUAGACCCUCAUUGCAAAACAGUGUGUUUUAAUCAGUUAUUUAGUGAUGUGAAUAUAUUUAAUAUAGUUUGAUCUAAAUAAGGCUAACAUUUUUUAUGUUUUGCAAUUUUUAUUUUUAUGAAAUUCACUGAGUAGGAUGGUCCUCCCCUGUUUAAUUAUAGCUUUAUAAAUUAAAUGUAGUUAUUCUUUAGUUAUUAAUGUGUUAUUAUACAAUUUGGUGAGACUAAAAUGACCUUAAAUAAUAUCAUUUGAAUCUUUUAUACACAUUUUCUUUAUAUAUUGUUCCACCUACAUUCUAGUGCACUGUCUGUACUCAGGGUGUUGCAUUGUUUUGAUAUAUGAUGUUAUUAUUUGAGAUAUCAUGAGUGCAUUAUGCCAGUCAUAGCCUAUAUGACUUUAACUGAUUUAUCUUAGUAUACCUUAGUAGACAUAUGUGUGUAAUAUUUGUUGGACCUACAUAAAGAUUUGAUAUAUUUUUUCUGGGAAUAAUGUAAUUUGUAAUGUGUAUAUGUAUGGUCUUUAUUGUAUGAAAAUAUAACAUUAUUCUCAAUCAUUGAAACACUAUAAUCAGACUCUCAAAUAUGAUUUGAAUUAUGUAGCCUACUUUUUGAGCAUUGUACUGCCAUAAUAAAUGUUUGAUAUUUUUGUAUUCCUUUUGUUGUUGUUUUUGCUGUUUUUAAUCAUUGGUCUUUGUAUAAGUAAAUUGCCUACAUUUCUAUUCGUUUUUGUUGGAAACGGCUUGAGUGACAAGUCAUGCGCUGUGCGCAUUGGCUAGAGACGUUGCGACGCAAAUAUACCUCUGUUUCACUGGAAGCGCUGGACUGUUGGAAAGAAGGAACCGACCUGAAGCAGUUGGGACUAUUGGCAGUCACAAUUUACAACAUAAUAACCACAAUUUACAACAUAAUAACCACAAUUUACAACAUAAUAACCGAUCGAAGCCUUCAACCUACCCACAACACCAACCGUGUUUCCUUCGGAGAAUGGACACUCUUGCAGUAAUAGCAUCACCUCCUAGCUGAGAGAAUGAACAGGACGGCCAGCCUAUCAGGGGAUACCCUGAUCGCGUGUCACUUCCCCCUGGUGCAGCUCCCCCCCUGGCAGCUUCCUGUGCAGGCGGCUCUGUGCAACGGCUCUGCCAAGCAGCCUGGUCGGCUGUGCUCCAGCUCCGUAGGUCUGACCCGUGCCGCCUCCCUCCCCGAGCAGGACAACCUCCACAGAGAGCCCUUCCACAGGAGCCUCAGACACAUCUCCUCCAGCUACUGGAGCCUCAAGGAAGACCGGGGCGAGGAGGAGGGCGACGGGGAGGGGGGCAGCGACAGCAGCGGGAGGUGUGACUCUGGAUCAUCACCAGAGGAGGCAUCACAGAUGACCAUCUCCCAAAGACAUAAAGAAGACCCUGUAGUUAGAGGUUCUUUACGGUCACACAACUCCUUCCUCCCGAAUGAAGGGGUGGAUGAAGAUGAUGAGGAUAUUGAUGGAGAUAACCUGCACAGAUACCACGAGGACUCCUCUUUUGUGUUGCAGCUGCAUGGGAACUCUAACUGGGCCCUGAGUAAUGCUGGGAGGUGGACCUCCAAACCUAGGCAAUCAGCCAGUCAGCAGAAACAUGACAACAAAGGUAAUACUGUGUUGAUGGACUGUGGGGAGCAGGAGAGACUGGAGGACAUUGAAGAUAAUAUGCUAAGAUGUGGUGAUGAGGGCUACUGCUUCAACUAUGGCCAACCAAAAUGUUUCCCUGAGUCUUUCUCUGAUGGUCAUCUGGAGUAUGUCACAGACUCCUCCUGCAACAGCUCUGAUGGGGUUCUCGUCAACUUCAGCGCCAUCUACAAUAAGAGUAACAACCCUGCCUCCCCAAACAACCUCAGCAGCCCUGCAGUGCAGUCCUCCCAGCCAGCAGAUGGCUCUGUCUUCCUAAACCUGCACCCUUUCCCCCAGGAGUCCCAGGGGCCUCAGGCUGCUGGACCUACUCAUGGGAGCCGAACAACCUCCUCUCCUCAUGACUGGGGGCCUUCUGCCCCCUGCUGGUCACCGCAGGCGCUGGACUCCAACUGUAACGUCUACCUUCCUGACGCCCAGAGCCUCCUGUCCUCUCUGGAGGUCUCUGACCUCACUUCCUGUCUCCAGAGCCAGGCCAGGCUGCUGCCCACAGGGACCACCCAGAAGUACUACAAGCUGGUGACCUGUGACCUCUCAUCCCAGUCAGCCUCGCCUAGCCCAGCCUGGUCCAGCACCACCAGUGUCACCUCAGAGGGCCAAUACGUCCUCUUCAGUAAGGCCCGGGGAGAUCAGGGCCAGGGUAACAAACAGCAGGAAGAAGGCUCAGACAAAGAAGGGAGGAGAGCUACCCUAUUGCACCGUCCUCGCUGUAUGAGCUGGGACUCCCAACAUGUCACCUCCUUCACUGAGAUUGCCCACUGUAAGAGACAUACAGACAGCUGUCAGAGCUCCAACCACUCCCACACCACCCAGGACCUGUGUCCCAUCCAGGAGGCAGUUUCCCUGGGCCAGAGUAGCAGCCACUCCCCCUACUGGGCGUGUUCAUGGGCCACUCCUGUGGUGCGCUACAGUAAGGCUCAGAGGCCCACCUCCCUGCCCAUCCAGCCCUUCGUCCUGCUUCCCCCAGCCGGUAAACCUCAGAGCCAGCCCCUGGGCUCCCUGCUGGACCAGUACAUCAGCCACAAGAGCACCAAGCCCAGCUCCCAGCCAGGGUUCAAGUGCAAGGGCAAAGGCAACAGACUCCUGACCCACCUGCGUCCCUCACCACUGGGCAGCUAUGGAGCCAUCAUCCUGGAGGGCCCCUCUAGCUCUGAUACCUGCUCCACCUGCACACCAAGUCCAGAACGCUUCCAGUCCAGACGCAACUGGACACACUCCAGUCCUUACAGUAGCCCUGGCUUUACUUUGACCAGUCCAAAACAAGCUCAAAUAAGCACAAAACAAUCUAAUACCGAACUAACCCAGGUUCAUUCAUGCCAGGACCAGCUUUUUGCAGACCUAGACCAAAGCUACCCCAGCCCAGGUCAGGCCCACAGUAGCCCAAAACAGUCUCAACGUAAAGAUUCAAUCAAACGUAGCCAGGACAUGGCUCAGAUCUGCCAAGAUCUUAUUCACCGGUUUCCAGAGCAGAAGAGCCCCAGCCCAGUCCUCCUGACCCACAGCCCUCACUGCCCCAUCACCUCCCAUGUAGCAACCAUGUCACCCUCUGCCAGUCACACCCAUCAUCCAGACCUGCUGGUGUCCUUCUCUCCAGACCAACCCUUACCGCCCCACAAGGGAACCCCACUAACCUCAGUACCUAAGGCUGGGUCUGCAGUCUCUCACUAUAGCCUGACAGCUGCUCUCUCCUCAGUGGCUCCUCUGUCCUCUCUGAGUGCCCUCCUGAAGCCCCUGGUGUCUGCAGGGCCCAGUGUGAAGCAGCAGCAUCAACAACAGCACUGUGACUCCUUCAGCCUGAGUGACAGUUGGCCACCUGUGGAGUUCUGCCUGUCACCUGAAGCCUCCUACGAGUCUCUGUCCAUCAGCCAUCUGCAGAGGAGAGGUCUGCUGAAAUCUGUGAGCUUGGCAGUGGAUUUGGUCAUGGCUCAUUUUGGCACCAGUCGAGAUCCUGGGGAAAAGAUGCAGCUAGGGAACAGCUCUAGGAGUCCCACCAUUGGUGGUCUAGUUCUGGAGCAUCUGUGUCCCACCAUCCAGAACAUUCUGCAGGAUGGCCUCAGGGACCACAAACUGGACCUGAUAAUCGGUCAGCGACGCAACCACGCCUGGAACAUGGUGGAGGCCUCCACUCACACAGGCCCUACCACCCGGGUGCUCCACAGCCUGCUGUCCAAGGUGAGGCAGUGCUCCCUGCUGACCAGCCACUGUAUGAAACUACGAGCCUUCAUCAUGGGCCUGCUCAACCUGAGGGCCUUGGAAUUCUGGCUGAACCACCUCUAUAACCAAAAAGAGGUGGUGACAGCUCACUACCAUCCAUGGGGUUUCCUCGCCAUGUCGCAGGAGCAGUGUCAGCCUCUGUUCCAGGAGCUCCUCCUCCUGCUGCAGCCUCUCUCCAUUUUACCCUUUGACCUCAACCUGCUGCUGGAGCCCCGCCUGCUACACAACAGACAGCUCUGCUCCGAGGAACAAGCUCCACCAUGCUCCACCUUUCUCAUGACCAGUUGUCACCUGUUGAAAGGAGACAGAGAAGACAGACGGGGGGCAUAUGGCUUUAUGGAUGGACCCAGGGAGAACAGCAGGCCAACAGGUGACCCACACCAGCUGGUAGAGCAUCUUCAGGGGUCCUCCCAGGUUUUAAAGGUCAUGGGUCAGGAGAAGAGGGUGAGGCCUGUAGGCGAGUCUAGCAGGAACCUGUGGUCAGCCACCAUUCCAGGGUGGUGGCAGAGACAACCUUCCCACACGAAGGGGGUGGUGGAGGGGGUGGAAUGUGGACAGAUUUACAUGCAUGUCAUCCACUCUGAGCCUCAGCAGGGGAUGGAGGGGAGGAGAGAAGAGGAGACUUCACAGGAGGGCAGGAGGGAGGGAAGGGGUCCGGAGACCCCCAGGAUGACGGCAGACCCCCAGGAUGAGAGCCCUUCCCAGGGUGGGCUACGCUGGGCCAAGCUCUUUGGAUCAGGAGGGGACCACCCCACCAGGACACAGAGGGCACCCCAAAACCUCAAUGGGACACAGACCCAGAAAAGGAGACCUUCACAGUGGCUGCAGUUGGACAGCUCUCAGCUGGGCCUAUUGGCUCAGACAGUGUGGUCAGGGAAACUCCCAGCUUCACAGCCUGACCGGAAACACCAGACAUAGACAUGGUGCCCCAGGACCACAUUCUCUCACCCCUGAGAUGUUGAACGGAGAGGGGUAGGGAGAAGAAGAAAAUAUACAUUACCAAAAAUCUCAACCGCAUGAUCCUGAGUCAGUCUUAUUGUGCAAAGUGUUACACACAGACACCUAAGCUAGAACACACUCACUGGUCAGAAAAGCACAUUACACCAUUUGAUACAACGGUCUGAGCAUGGGUGAUACAUUUUGCUGUAUGUCAUUUUAAGGCAAUAACAACUCCCCCAAUGUUUAGUUAUAUUUACAAGUGCUUCUGUUCAUCUGUCAUGAAUUGGAAUUUAUGCAAUAGAUUCUCCCUGUGCACAUGUCUAUCAAACUAUGUGGUCAGAGAGAGGCUCUACCCAUGCUACGGUCUUGCCUUAGGAUCUGAAAGCCUUGUGGACCAUCCCAGACUCUCCAUAAGAAACCAAUUAGCAUUUAAUGGAACUGCAUGCAUACUGUACAGUAUCAUCCUAUUCUCCUAAUAGUAUCAAUCUGUCCUCUACCUUCCAACCCCUAUACCCUGUCUAUUCUAUGUGCGAAUGGAAUGUCAACAGAAAAUGCAGAAAGGCAAUCUUUACUAGCCAUGUUAGCUAGUGCCAAAUGUUAUGCCACUCAGUAGCCUUGUGCAGUGGCUUAUCUUCCAAAAGGAGGUUGCCUUCAUAUUCAGCUAGACAAAUUCAAUACGUGUUUGUGAGGUAAUCCAGACUGUAGCAUGGUAAGAUUUCUGUGCAUGUGUAAAGAAAUAUAUAUGUUCAAGGACUCAUUAGGUGCUAAUUUCAUCCUACUACUUUGUGUGGUUGUUCUACCUAUAUCAAUGUCCUAAUAUAUUGUUUUUUAUGAAAGAGAAGUAGAGUUUUGUAAAUAUUUAGGUAAUCAAAUCCUAGAUUUGUGGAACCGUUAGGAUCCAAAUUGAGUGCGUGUGCACAAUAUUAAGCUAUCAUGUUGUGUUUCAGGUGUACACUGUUUUGAUAGGCCAGUACUACUAAGCUAAGGAGAAAAAGGAAGUCUGAAAUUGCGUGACAGGAAUGACUUGGUUAUUAUAACCUCUGCAAUAAUGUGAAAGUGAGUUUAUCAUAACCCCUCUCAUCUUUCCUCCCCAACCUAACUGUCCUCAUCUUAUAACCUUAGAAGAAUGCACCCUCUCUGAGUGUAAGUUCCCUGUGACAAUCAACCUUUGCAAAUAAAGAUAACUUAUUGAUUUA